AUGAUAAAGAGGGUGCUGAUAGAUAACGGUAGUUCAGUUAACAUCAUUUACAAGGAAACGAUGAAGAAGAUGGGGCUCGAAAAGGCCAAGUUAAGGCCUUGCAUGGUAAAUCUUUGCGGCUUCACUGACGACAGUAUCGCCAGUCAGGGCAUAAUCGAGCUUGCAUUGACCUUGGGAGAGGUACCCCUAUCCGCCACAGUUAUGCAAGACUUUCUAGUUGUCGACUUGCCAUCAGCUUACAAUAUAUUAUUGGGUCAUCAAGCAUUGAUCGGACUAGGGGCAGUUAAUUCGAUCAAGCACCUAUCCUUGAAGUUUCAAACACCAGAAGGUGUGGGAGUGGUGCGAGGCGAUCAGAUGGUAGCUCGCAAUUGCUAUCGCAUAGAGCUACAACAUAGAAAAGCCAACCACCAGUUAAUGACAGUCUUGGCAAAGGAAAGCGAAAAGAAGGACGAGGAUCUUGACCCUCAGAUUCAAGAUGAAAAAAACUUAUUAAAACCAAUUGAAGAAUUGGAAGAAGUUGUUCUCGACCCAGGAAUUCCCGCAAAGUGUGUUUAUAUUGGGAAGAACCUGGACGAGCAGUUAAAAAAGCAGCUAAUAACCAAUCCUGUUCUCGUCCCAAAGCCUAACGGAACUUGGAAAACUUGUAUUGACUUUUUUGAUCUGAAUAAGACGUGCCCAAAAGACUGUUUCCCACUACCUAAGAUUGACCAGUUAGUGGAUGCAUCUGCCAAGUACGAGCUUAUGUCAUUUAUGGAUGCAUAUUCUGGAUAUAACCAGAUAAAAAUGCCUGUCCCAGAUCAGGAACAUACGAGCUUCGUAACCAACAUGGGACUUUACUGCUACAAGGUCAUGUCAUUUGGGCUAAAGAAUGUUGGGGCAACAUAUCGGCGACUGGUAAACGAGAUGUUCGCAAAUCAGAUAGGACGAAACAUGGAGGUUUACGUCGAUGAUAUGUUAGUAAAGUCAGUUAAAAGCAACAAGAAAUUUGAGUGGACAGAAGAGUGUGAAGAGGCCUUUCAGAACAUUAAAAGGCAUUUAGUGAUGCCUCUUGUUUUGGCAAAACCAAUAACUGGAGAAACAUUACUCCUCUAA